AUGUUUUGCUCUAUCCGCUGUGUGGUUAAUAGUGCAAGAAAUGGAUCACGACACUACACGGGGUCCGGGUCACUGGAGACAAAUUACCAACGGGUGGCAGAUUACUACGCGGGAAAAUCGGUUUUCGUUACAGGAGCAACAGGCUUUGUUGGAAAGGUAUUUAUUGAGAGGUUACUUUCCAAUUGCAAGGAUAUUGAAAAUGUGUUUGUGCUGAUUAGACCUAAGCAUGGCGCAGACACAGGAAAACGUUUACAAAAAAUAUUUGAUGUUCCGCUUUUCAAUAAAUUAAAACAAACAAGGCCUGGUGAUCUGAAGAAAGUAAUUCCCAUCAAAGGAGACAUUACAACAACCCAGCUGGGUUUAACGCCAGAUGACAAAGAGACUUUGGCUGAUAAGGUGUCAGUAGUAUUUCACUCGGCAGCUACCGUCAGAUUCACUGAAAAAUUUCAAGAUAUGAUCAACAUUAACGUAGAGGGAACACAACGAGUGAUAGAUUUGUCUAAGGGAAUAAGAAAUUUAGAAAAAUUCGUCUAUAUUUCGACCGCCUUUUCAAAUUCACAUAUCCAAGUAGUUGAAGAGAAGCUAUACACUCCUAAGAAAGAAUUAUCCGCAGUCCGACAGAUGAUACGAGACCAUGGAACAGAUGAUACGAAAGUUAAUGAAUAUGUCGCGGAUGUUGCUAAUACAUAUACACUAUCUAAGGGGUUAUAA